AUGGGUCCAUUGUUGUGUGAUGGACGGCUGACACACCUCCUCUUUCCUCUUCUCCUCCUUUUGCGGGCUCCCCUGUUGUUUAGUUUUGGUGAGCGCACCUGUCCCAACAGCUGCCGAUGUGAGGGGAAAACUGUCCAUUGUGAUUCAGCUGGCUUCUUGGAUGUCCCAGAAAAUGUCUCAGUAGGAUGCCAGGGCCUCUCCCUGCGCUACAAUGAACUGCACACCCUGUUACCAUAUCAAUUUGCUCACCUCAGUCAGCUUCUGUGGAUAUACUUGGACCACAAUCAGAUUUCAGCUGUUGACAGUCGAGCAUUCCAGGGGGUCCGAAGGCUUAAAGAGCUAAUACUGAGCUCCAACAGGAUCACAUCCCUGCACAAUUCAACAUUCCAUGGAAUUCCCAAUCUUCGCAGUCUGGACUUGUCCUACAACAAAUUGGAAAUUCUGCAGCCAGGUCAAUUCCAUGGCUUACGAAAACUACAAAACCUACACCUACGGUCAAAUGGUCUCUCCAACAUCCCAAUUCGUGCAUUCCUAGAGUGCCGAAGUUUAGAAUUUCUGGAUUUGGGCUACAAUCGAAUCAAGGCUCUUACCCGCACCACCUUUUUGGGGCUACAGAAACUGAUGGAGUUGCAUCUAGAACACAACCAGUUCUCACGAAUCAACUUUUUUCUGUUUCCCCGCUUAGCCAACCUGAGAUCACUCUAUCUGCAGUGGAACCGCAUUAGGGUGGUCAACCAGGGCCUUCCAUGGACUUGGUAUACACUGCAGAAACUUGAUCUGUCUGGAAAUGAAAUCCAGACCCUGGACCCAGCGGUGUUUCAUUGCUUGCCUAACCUUCAAGUUCUCAACCUGGAAUCCAACAAACUGUCCAAUGUGUCUCAGGAAGCAGUGUCUGCAUGGAUCUCACUGACCUCCAUCAGCCUUGCUGGGAAUAUGUGGGAUUGUGGAACUGGCAUAUGCCCACUUGUGGCUUGGUUGAGGAAUUUUCGGGGUAGCAAAGACACCACUAUGAUAUGCAGCAGCCCAAAGUAUUUACAGGGAGAAAAAAUUAUGGAAGCCACAAGGAACCAUGGUAUUUGUGAGGAAACUGAUUACAUUCUGACUGAAACACCCUCACCGAUGUCAGAGCUAAUUUCUGAAGCCACAGCUGAACCGACCUUUGCCCCUACUAGUGGCUCUCCACCUAUGCCACCAACCAGCACCUUUGGUCCUCUCCCACCAUUCAGACCUCGACCUAUUCCUAACCCUACCUUUCCAGGGCAUAUGAGCAAGGACCCAAGAGACUCAGUUUCCCGCACUCGACCCACUCUCAUACCACCCCCUGAGAUAGAGCACAUGACUCUGCACAAAGUGGUGGUGGGAAGUGUGGCACUCUUCUUCUCCAUGUCCCUACUCAUGACAAUUAUCUAUGUGUUGUGGCGGCGCUAUCCAGGUGCAACCAGGUUGCUGCAGCAGCGAUCCAUGGUGGGGCGAAAGCGUCGCAAAAAGAGUCCAGAGCCUGAGCAGAACCUGAGCUCCCAGCUCCAAGAGUAUUACAUGAGCUACAACCCUGCUGCCACACCAGAGGCACUGGAGGUGCUAGGCAAUGGCACUGGUUCCUGCACUUGCACAAUUUCUGGCUCCAGGGAGUGUGAGAAUGAGUAUACGUGUCCACGCCCCCUACCUGGUGCCUGGCUGGGAGAUCUGCCUACCAUCCAUUAA